AUCUUCAACAACUGAUGUUUAACAUUCCACUUAGACGAAGUUAUUCCGUUUUACGAUGUUUCCAAACGUCUUGAUCGCUCAGUUGGUGCUCUGUAACAGUUCUCCGGCGUUGGCGCAGUCGGGUGGUCUUUUUGCAGCAGUGUCAAACAUGUCCGUGGACUGGGUGGGUUAUGGGUACGCAGCCCUCGUUGCAUCUGGAGGAGUCGUCGGUUACGUCAAAGCAGGCAGUGUUCCCUCCUUGGCUGCGGGUCUACUUUUUGGUGGCCUAGCUGGCUUUGGCGCCUACCAGAUCUCAAAUGACCCCACGAACAUUUGGGUAUCCUUCGCUACAUCAGGAGCUCUAGCAGGCAUCAUGGGAAAAAGAUUUUAUGGAUCCAGGAAGUUCAUGCCAGCUGGCUUAGUGGCUGGAGCAAGUCUUCUGAUGCUAGGGAAGCUUGGUGUAGCCAUGCUCCAGAAACCCCAGGAGUCUUGAAGAAAUGACGAUUCAUUGUAAUCCAUGAUGACCCAUAUCAAAUCCCAUCAUCUCAUGUGGAUCCCAUCUUCUCACUAUUACAGGGCAAAGCGUGUCAGUUAUUGUUGAACAUUGAUGUCAUUUUGUAAAGAGAAAUGUAUUAUGAAGAGUGAAAUAAUAUU